UUUGUAUCGAUUCACCCGCUGCGUUGUUUUUUUGCACAUAUUUUAAAAUAACGCUUUAAAAUGCACACAAAAAUGGAGAAAACCAAGUGAAAAUCCAGUUGGCCAACAGCGUGAAACGACUACCAUGGAGAUACCCAUACAGGUGGCCGUGCGCAUCUGUCCACAAACGAAUCGCAGCGUGGAAACGAAGCCUGCGGCGGAGGCAGACGCGUCUGCGUCUGAUGCUGUGGCGGCGGAUGUGAAGGUAGAGUCGGUUUCGGAAUCGGGGGAGUCCACCAACGAUGCCUCGGAGUCCACAGAUGCGAAUGGCAACAGCGGGCAGCAGGACACACAGCUGAAGCAGGAGCCGCCGCCAACGGACAGCAAUGGGAAUGAGAACGGAGCGAUUGUGCCCCUCGGUUCGGGCUGCUGUGUGCAAGCCAUUCCCAUAUCCGCUUCCGCUUUGGGCCUGCCCAGCGCACUGCCGGGCGGCGGUGCCCAAGACAGCAUUGCAGCCGGCCUCAUACAGGUGGGCGCCCACACGGUGCCCGUGACACACGCCCUGGGCCCCGGCACCACCCAGAGCCAGCUCUACUAUCAGACGGUGUUUCCGCUGAUCAGCCUGUUCCUGGAGGGAUUCGAUGCCUCGGUGGUGACCUACGGCCAGCGGGCACAGGGCAAGACCUACACACUCUACGGCCCUGGCUUCGAGUGCGUCCACGGGGAGGCGGAUCAGGGCGUGGUGCAGCGCUGCGUGCGGGACAUUUUCACCCACAUCGGAGGGCAUUCAGAACGCACUUAUGCCGUCAAUGUGGGCUUCGUGGAGAUCUGCGAGGGCGAAGUCUGCGACCUGCUGGACAUGGGCAACGUGCACUGCCAGAGCGUGGAGGAAGUGUUCCGCUGGCUGCAGCUUGGCCUGGCCAACAGGAAGCCGAAGCCAGCGCACACGCUGUUCACGCUCACGCUGGAGCAGCAGUGGGUGUCCAAGGAGGGGCUCAUCCAGCAUCGUUUGUCCACCGCCAGCUUCUCGGAUUUGUGCGCCACCGAGCGUUGGGGCGAGCCACCGCCCGGCCAGCCUCGCGACGCCGGUCUCCAGAUGCUGGAGCAGGUGGUCAGCACGCUGACAGAUCCCAGCAUCAUGUACGGGGUCAAUGGCAACAUUCCGUAUGGCCAGACGACGCUCACGACGCUGCUGAAGGACUCCUUUGGUGGCCGCGCUCAGACGCUGGUCAUUCUGUGUGUCUCGCCGCUGGAGCAGCAUGUGGCCGAGACGCUGGGCAACCUGCAGUUCGCCUUCAAGGUGCAGUGCGUGCGGAAUUACGUGAUUAUGAACACAUAUUCCGAUGACAAUACGCCCAUCAGCCCGGAGUCCAUGGGCGGCGGCAAUCCCGCCGCGGGACCCCUGGCCCAAGUGGCAGCUGGAGACAACUUUGGGCUGCAGUUUGCGGCGAGUCAGUGGUUCAAGCUGGUGUCCAAUGCGGAGGGUUUGUUUGCCAAAUUGAUGGGCUCCAAUUUGAUUAGCGAGCUGGAGAAGGAGCAGAUCGAGGAGUGGCUCUUCCUCAAGCAGGAGUGCGAGGAGUGCCUCAGCUCAACGGAGGCCAUGCGCUCCCACAAGCAGCUGGUGCCCAUCCAGGAGGCCGAGGAGCCCGAGGAGUCGGUCAGCGAGCCACCAAACUCGGACAAUGACACGGACAAUGAGUCGCAGCGGCCCGAUUUGGCCGACAAGCUGGAGGGCCUCAUGGAGGAGUUUCGCACCAAGACGGAUGCGCUGAUUCAGGCCAAACAUGCGGAGUUUCUUACCAAACAUCCCACGGGAGUUAUGCAGAGUUUGGAGCGUGAUAAAGAGGGGAGAAACAGCAGGCAAACCCCGACAAAGAGCAGGAGAAGUUGGAGGAGUCGCCGUCGCAGCAUUCAACCCGGAGCGAGCUUAAGCACCGCGGAGCUGGCGCUGCUCAAUCGCGUGGCACUGCAGCAGCCCGUGGUGCAGCCACCGGUCGCUGAAACCCCCAUCGAUCCGCUGGACAGCUCUGGCGGCGAGGGCCUCAGACAGGCGGCCAUUGCCGCCGCUGCUGCUGCGGCGCCCAUCGAGCAGCUGCAGAAGAAGCUGCGAAAGUUGCACGCGGAGAUCGAGGCACGGCAGCGGCAGCUGAAGGAGAUCGAGCAGACGAUGCAGGUGAAGCAGAACAUCAUCAGUGAGCUGGUGAAGAACAGCGACACGCGCAGCCACGCCAAGCAGCGUUUCCAGAAGAAGAAGGCCAAGCUGGAGGCCGAGUGCGAGAAGGCGCGGAAGCAUCUGGCCAGGGCGCUCGUGCAGGGCAGGGAGAAGGGCGAAACGGAGCGCUGGUCGGCGAUCAUAGCGCACAUUGAGCAUCGGCUGGAGGAUCUCAGCUCCAUGAAGCACAUUGCCGGAGAGAGUGGCCAGAAGCUGAGGAAGCUGCAGCAGUCCAUGGCCGAGUCGCGCAAGCAGCUGGAGGAGCUCGAGAAGAAGAUCCGCAAGGAGUGCAAGCUGCGCGACCAGCUGGAGCUGGAGCUGGCCAAGCUGAAGGAGAGCCGCGACGGCGCCAGCGGUGGCAAGGAGCUCGUCAAGCUGGACUCGCCCGAGCAGCAGGGCCGCCAGCUGAAGGCCGUUCAAGCGCGCAUCACGCACCUGAAUCACAUUCUGCGCGAGAAGUCGGACAACCUGGAGGAGUGUGCGGCGGGCGAGAGUCCCGCACCCGCGCAGCAGGAGAGCCUGCGGCACGAGAUACGCAAUCUGCGCGGCACGCGCGAUCUGCUGCUGGACGAGCGCUGCCACUUGGAUCGCAAGUUGAAGCGCGACAAGAUGCUGACGCAGCGCGAGGAGCGCAAGCUGCUGGAGUGCGACGAGGCCAUUGAGGCCAUCGAUGCGGCCAUCGAGUUCAAGAACGAGAUGAUCUGCGGCCACCGAUCGAUCGACACCAGCGACCGGCUGCAGCGGGAGAAGGGCGAGCAGAUGCUGAUGGCGCGCCUGAACAAACUCUCGCCCGAGGAGAUGCGCACGCUGCUGUACAAGUACUUCAACAAGGUCAUCGAUCUGCGCGACUCCUCGCGCAAGCUGGAGCUGCAGCUGGUGCAGCUGGAGCGGGAGCGCGACGCCUGGGAGUGGAAGGAGCGCGUCCUCUCCAAUGCGGUGCGUCAGGCGCGGCUCGAGGGCGAACGGAAUGCCGUUCUGCUGCAGCGGCAGCACGAGAUGAAGCUCACCCUGAUGCUGCGCCAUCUGGCCGAGGAGACGUCCGCCAGUUCGGCCAGCUACGGCGAGCGUGCCCUCGCGCCCGCCCAUCAGACGAGCAGCGGCGACUUUGACUACGAGUUGGACUUUUACAAGGCAACAGCCAACACCACGACCAGCCACAACCACAACAAGGCGCUGGUCAAGGCAGCCAAGCCCACGCCCAGUGGCGCCGCACUGGAAAAGUACAAGGACAAGGAGCAGCGCGGCGCGGGGCGUAACAUUUUCGCCAAGUUCCAGGUGCUCACGCGGUACGCGUCCUCGGCAGCAGCAGCCUCAGCGUCCAGCUCCACGGUGGACGAGUCCACGGCGCUGAUUGAGUCAAGCACAACGGCGACGGCCACGACGACUACGACCACAACCACCACGACAACGGGCAAGGGCAAGGAACGGGGAUUGCCCAACAUACGGCAGGAUCAGCUGAAGCGUCUGCUGCCAGCGCCCACGGCCACCAAGGUGACGCGGCAGAAGAAUAAAAUCAUUAUCCAGGAUGCCAGCAGGCGCAAUUAGAAGCGAAUUUAAGGCAGCGUGACUAACUAAACUGUACGCUAACUAACUAAAUACUCAACAAUUGUAAUUUUAAUCUCAAGGCUGGAGGAGCUCGCUGCUGCCUUCGGCCAUUCGUACUGAAACAAGUUACGUCCACAGUCAUGACACAAAAAUAGACUUUUGACAUGGUUCUCAGACACUGAACCGCAUUUACUUCACACAUAAGUUACCAUAACUAUAACUAUAACUAUAACUAACUAUCCUCAAGGGAGAUCUGACGAAUACUCGCAAGACACAAACAAACCACCAGGAGGGGAGCGCGGCCUCAACUCUGCUUGAGCUGCGCAUCUCCCCACUUUGUAUUACCUGUAAAUAAGCGAACAAAUGUUAGUUUAAGCUGCUAAUUUAAUUGAUUUUUACCCCAGCUAAUGAUUUUACUAUGUUUAAGCUUAAGUUUUAGCGACUUUUUGGUGUCUUCCUGUAAUUGUAACCCAAAAUACUCAGCCCAAGCAUUUAUCCUCUACCCUUAAGUACUCAGCACUAACACGAUCUUAAAAUGUCCUAAAUUUAUAAGCGAAUCUUAACUUUUUGGUUGUGUUUAAACGUUUUUGUGUAUUCCGAUUUGUGUAGACUUUAAUUACUCCAGAAUCUAAUGGGGACACACUUUUUAUCGCACACAGAUUCCACAGGAGAUAAACUUUGUGUAUGGCUAAGCAAAUAAAUAAAUAAUAAUUAAUACAAUA